AUGAUUCACAAGCAUGCAUUUGAAGCUUUAGAUCAAACUUUGAAAGAUAUAUUCAAGUGUCAUAAUCCUAGAAACGAAACUUUGCCAUUUGGAGGGAAAGUAAUUGUUUUUGGAGGAGAUUUUAGACAAAUUCUGUCUGUUAUUCCAGGUGGUAGUAGACAAGACAUUGUUAAUGCUUCAUUAAGUUCAUCACAUUUAUGGCAACAAUGCAAAGUCUAUCAACUAACCAAGAAUAUGAGGCUAACUGUUGGAAGUGAUACAUCUACUUUUCAACAGACAAUGGAUUUUGCAAAAUGGCUUUUGGAUAUAGGAGAAGGGAAACUUGGUGGUUUUAAUGAUGGAGAAGCGAUUAUUGAUAUUCCGGAUGAUCUUCUGAUUAAUGAUCCUUAUGAUCCUAUAGGUUCGUUAAUCGAGUUUGUAUAUCCUUCAAUUCUUGAAGCUUCUAGCAAUCCAGAAUAUUUUCAAGAAAGAGCAAUACUUGUUCCAAAAAAUGAAGUUGUCGGAAAAAUAAAUGAUUGUUUGCUUGCAUUAUUUCCAGGAGAUGAAGUUUAA